GCAUUAAUUUAACCAAUUACAGUUGCCUUGAUAGCAACAUAGGAAGAACGACUCCCCUAAGGUAACCAAAAUCAUACAGAGUUUGGGAAGUUCCAAGUCAACUCUUUGAAUUAUACUCCUAAACAGGUGGCCAACUUAAGCUGUGGUACACAGGUUUUAAUGCUCCAGAUUGUGGUGACCAUAAGCAGAUAGUUUUGUACUAGUUUUGGGGUCAGCUUCAGAGAUGCGUUCUUCCGCUUCUGAUGCAGAAUUUGAUGCUGUAGUUGGAUGUAUAGAGGACAUUAUCAUGGAUGGCGAGUUCCAAUUAUUACAGAGAAACUUCAUGGAAAAGUACUACCAAGAGUUUGAAGACACAGAAGAAAACAAACUCAUCUAUACUCCUAUUUUUAAUGAAUAUAUCUCUUUGGUCGAAAAAUAUAUUGAAGAACAGCUGCUUGAAAGGAUUCCUGGGUUUAACAUGGCCACUUUCACUACAACAUUACAACAGCAUAAGGAUGAAGUAGCAGGUGAUAUAUUUGACAUGCUGCUCACAUUUACGGAUUUCCUGGCCUUCAAAGAAAUGUUUUUGGACUACAGAGCUGAAAAAGAAGGCCGAAGUCUGGACUUAAGCAGUGGUUUAGUGGUGACAUCAUUAUGCAAGUCAUCUUCCAUACCUGCUUCUCAGAACAAUUUACGACAUUAGUUCACAUUCUCUGGAUAAGAGUUUAUCAUCUUGGACAUUCCAAACGUGAAAGAUGGUGAGUGAUCACAGCGUGAUGGACAACUUGCUCAGUGAUUGGGGAAUACAGCUGGAAAAGACUGACCUUGUUCUGGUGCUUUUAAUUAAUGUUAAGUGUAGAGUGAUCAUAAAGAACUCUGCUGGAAUACUGGCUUCUCACAAAAUAUCCCCAUUAACCCUGAUACACUGGCCAAAGUGGCCUCAACUCCCUGGUGCUUCUGACAGGGUAGGGAAAAGAGGAUUCUCUCUGUAUGUUUGUCUGUGUCUUGUGUCUCUUUAUGUGUGUAUACAUACAUUUUGGGAUGAAAUUAUAUUGGCCAUUUCAGUUAUUGCUCUUUUUCAAUAUAUGUUGUAUAGGGUUGGAAGGAGGGGAGGAACCCAGGAUAGAUGUGUUAGCUGCACAUGUUUCUCUUAAAUCAAAAUAUUAUAACUUCUGUUUUUUAUCCCAAACAUGGACAGGUUUUUCACACACAUCUUUAUGUAAUACAAGGCUUUGUGAUACAAAUCUUUUCCCUGGUACACAUUUCAAUCCCAUGUUUUAUGGUGUCUUUUUAGACAGUGUGUAUUCAUCUAGAGACACUCAAAUCCAGCUCAUUUUUGUAAAGAUUUAUGAAGUUGAUGUUUUAAUUUUCUCUCCACUGUAUUAGGAACAUUGAGGAGCACAGGAUUUGGCUGGAAAUUUUCCCCCAAACUAAAAUGUUGUUUUCCUAGAAGUAAAAUGUAAAAACUAAUUUAUAGUUUUAGGUUUGUAAAAAUCUCAUGACUUCAGCAUAUGCUGAGUCACAUAGCAGCAGUCUCCUCAUGUCUAGCCAAAACACUCUUUGAGAAUCUGCUGACAGUGUAUAUUUUAGCAGCAAAUUCUAAGAUCUUUAUGAAUUUGGUUUGGGCAUUUCCAUGAAUGUCCAGUGAGGAAGAAGGCUAAGUAUUAUUAUAAAGCUUUUUAGGUUUAAAGUAUUCUUGGGUGAAAAAUUAUCUUACAUUAUUUCGUCAGAAACCCUACAAGUUACAUACAGAAGUGUAAUUUAUAUUGGAAAGGAGGAUUGAAACAUAUGCUUUUUUCAUAAUAUUCCUAUGGUUAAUAUAAAUUUGAUCAAUUUUUCCUACAAAAAAAAAAAAAGAGUAUGUCAUAAAUUUGUUUAUAUUCUCUCUCCUCUUACAACUUCUCCUCCCAAGAUGGUGUUCUACCAGUCCACAUAAGUAAGAGGAGGAAGUGGGUAAAAGCUUGAAUUAUCUUUGUUUUUU